ACAAAGUAGUCUCGAUGGGACAGUGGCGUGCGCCGCACCGUGGAGCCGUUGAUUUUGUGUGCAUGUGUCAAAAGAAAAAAAAAAAUCUAUUGAACAGUGUUAAUUAGAUCGGAUUAAAUAAUUAAAUGGGAUUAUCGAAGCUCGGAGUAACAGUGUGCUUUAACUGUGCGAUGCAUUGCAAGUGGCUUACGUGGUAUUUUCGAUGGGCAUGUUAAUUUGUUGAUUAAAAAACAAAAAAAUAAUAAUUAAAUCAAUUGAAAUUUAAAAAAAAAAUACCCACCGUAGGAGUGAAAAUAGUGCAAUUCGACAGAUUGGGAUAGAUUUUACUAAGUAAUUCUAGAUGAACGUGAAGAUAGUGUGUGAUAUUAGGGAGCAUAGAAAAUGGAUAAAAUAGAGCUAUUGGGCGGUGCCUGCUUCAGUCAUGGCCCAUACACGUUUUAUAAAGCUGUGAGAAUUGGCAGUGGACGUGUUUUACGGCUUGGUAGUUUCUUUUUAACAAAAUUAUGGACCGAUGCCGAUUUAGUUAGUAUCGGUGAACUACAGCUGCUAUGGAUUGACAGUAGGGGCUCAAAUCAGCCAUUAGCAUCGUUGAGGCUGUACUUCCUGCCUGAAAAUACUCCGGAUGGACGACGUGAUACUCACGGCGAAGACGAAGUUCUGACAAUAUCAGAAAAAGUAGUUGUUCGUGUUCAUGACCUUGUGACAUGGUUGGCACCGUCUUUGGAGUGGUCAUGGGGUCGGGAGGUAUGUUUUUCGAGUCCUGGUGGAUCCGGUGAAAAUAUCGAUGAAAAAUUUCAACAGCAGCCCCAAGUCCUCACAGAUCCUGGCAUCGAUUUUUCCGAUGUGGAAAAACAGCAGAAGGAUAUGGAGAGCAGUGGAAAUAAUGGGAAGAGGAGUGAUGAGAUGGUACAAACAAGAGUUGUUGUCCUGUCGUAUCCUAGGUACUGCAGGUAUCGGGCACUUUUGAGAAGACUCGAGGGUGCUGAACCUGCAUGGCUCUGCUCAUCCAUUGCUGCUGCUCUAGGUGGUUUCACUGCAUUACCUGGUACCAGAGUUCUCUUCUGCAGAGAUACUUUUGAUUAUCCGGAUCUGGAGACGCAUGAGUUACUAUGCAAUCAUUUAGCGCCCAAAUUGAAAGGUAGACCCAGAAGGAAGCGUAAAAAGCGUAGUGCCUCACCAGGGGAAUCAAGUAAUGAAAGUGAGGCUUCAGUUGCUUCGACUUCGCGAAGUUCAACGUCAAACUCAAACUCAACGGUUAAAGGGCCGUCGAAUGUUGUUCGGCGAAGCGAAAGGAAAGCCAGUGUUGAGGAGAAAAAAUUUCUCGCUGAUGUACAGAACUUCAUGAGCUCACGUGGAACACCAGUUACAAAAAUGCCAUUGCUUGGAUACAGACAGAUUGAUUUGUAUGUAUUUUACACAAAAGUCCAGAAACUGGGUGGAUACGAUUCAGUGAGUGCUGGUCGUCUGUGGAAAUCUAUUUACGAUGAUAUGGGUGGUCACACUGGAUCGACAAGUGCAGCUACAAUAACACGUCGACAUUAUGAAAGACUACUUCUACCAUACGAGAGACAUCAGAAGGGUUCAGAAACGAAAGUUCGACCAGCAGGGAGAAGAACGAAAUCCACAUCUGAUGAACCUAUUCUUAUAAAAUCCGAACCCACACCUUCUCCACCUCCAACCCCUUCACCGACUCCUCCAAUGCAAAAGCUCUUCUCAACAAUGUCACAUCUGCCAGAUGUUGACAAACCAAAGACUGAGGUUAAGACUUCUUCCCUACGUAGUGUUCGAGUGAAACCAGAACGCCUAAAAUCUCUAAACACUAUUAUUUCGUCGAUGCCAACGUCGAUGCCAUCGUCGAAUCCUCCAACACCUCCUCCCUCAUCGAAUGCCUCAAAUACCUCAUCGACUAGUAUAACUCCAUCAACAACACCAACUGACAGUCAAAGUGUUUUAGAAAGACAAUUGAAUAGUCCUCUCGUUAAUAAUCAGCAGUCACCACCAACACCACCAGCUCCACCUCACCAAAUCACCCAGAAUCCAAGUGCUGUAGUGACUCUCACACCUCCACCAGAGAGGGAUUUUAAAGAAUUGAAAUUGGAGAGCCAAAAUCCUAAACAAACGACUCUGCUGGCUCAGGGUAAAGAGAACAUUCCUCUCUUCGGUGAGAAAGCUCAGUUUAUCACAACAGAGAGAAUCAAUCCUCCAAAUUCACCUGAAGUCAUUGAUUUGGAAUUGGAGAGUGACUCGAGUCGUGAUAAAAUUAUUAUCCCAUCGUUCAAAAAAAGGAAACUUGAGAUUUUGAGGGAGGGUGGACUCGAAGUGACAGCUGUGGAGUUGGACUCGAGGCCAAGUGUUAUUCAAGCAACGAUAACACCAGUGACAGUGCCUAUCACUCCAAAACGAGACGACGAUAUCUCAUGCUCAUCUCCAACUAUUCCAACCAGCACCAAUGUACCAAAGUUGAUAUCCGUUACAGUGACACCUGAUAUUGGACACAUGUUGCCAUCACCUGGAGACAUUGAGACUCAAAUUCGUUCAUCGAAAGCUCACAACAAUAAUUGUAACUCGACUGUCAAUAACAACAGCAGCAACAGAGUCAUCAACAUUGGAGCAUCAAACAAUUCAAAUCUUCUUCAGCUCUACACAAAUGCUGGCUCAGUACCAACAUCACCAAUAUCUCCAGGUAGGUACAACAACUCUGGAGAGAGAAUUUUACCACCAAAGGUGACACAGUCAAAGUCAAUCUUCGGUCACACCGAGCGAAUGGUUUAUGGUAAUCCAAAGGACAUAUUGGCUCAUCAAAAGUAUCAGCAAGCAGUUGUGCAGCAAGUUCAGCCUCCUUGUGCAACGAUAAAUCACGGAGGUGGUGUUUUGGAUUUGACAGCUAAACAAUUGGACAAGAGUCAAUCAUUCGCUAGGCCAAAUUUAGAGAUUGUUCGGGUACCAGUGGUGCCGAGGCCAAAUUCAAUGAGUAUAGAGAUGAAGCCUGUGACGAUUAAGGAUAAAAUUCAAGAGUCUUCGAGGAAGAGUCCCUUCAACUAUCCAAUGCUUGAUAGUCGCACUAUGGCUUCUAAUAAUCUUGAGAUAACCCUGGUAAAUCCAAAAGCCAAGCCACAAGCCCAACUACCUAGUCCUGUGAGAAAUGGUAAUUCCAUUUCAUCGAUAAAUAGUGUUAACAUGAAUGUGCAGAGUCAGAGAAUGAGAAUGCAGAAUGGUAAAUUGUCAGUGAGACCAGUGGAGAGCCUCUCCCCGUACUCCUCGAGAAAGCCAACUGGUCAACAGGUAAUACCCAAUAUUCCAAAUCUCAAUCAUCUAGCUGCUUAUCCAGUUAGGGGUAUCAAUCCUCAUCAACAUGGUGUUGAAAAGAGAAAGAGUGAGACUAGGGAUCAACACAUGAGCAUUGAAAAUGCUCAAACAGCUCAGAGACAGGAUCGACGACACAGCAUGCCCAAUAUAUCAUCUGGUUUUGUUCCAAGCGUUCCACAUAACUCGGGAUACGUCAAUCAACUGCCAAAUGCUGGAAAGUAUCUUCCAGGGGGUAUGGGUAUGCUUGAUCCUGUCUAUUAUUCAGCCAUUUGCAGUGGACUCUUUCCACCACCUAUGUCACCAGCUAGUCCCUAUUUAUCACCUGAGUUCAACGCUUAUUAUAAGGAAUUACUUGGAGGACAAGCCAGGGUGCCACCUAUGGGUCAGCCCACCAUUCCCACUUCCAAAUAAGCCAAUUAAGGGGAUAGAAUCUCGACAGAGAAGUGUUUUAUGUGCAAUCAUCACUCUUGGAUUCUCUAAGGAGUUCUGGGAGAUUGUGGAAUGGAAAUAAUUUUCCAUAUUCAAAGAUAAGCAUCAUGAGAUUCCACUUCGUUGCGUUAGUUUUUUCAACAGUCAAUUUUCUACUGUUCUAUUUCACCCGGUAUACGCAUUAUUUUUAUAAAUUUUUCUUCUUUUAAUUGGCCGUUGUCUCUGUUGAUUUUCACUCUCGUUGAAUUAUUCAAGGCAGGGGAAAAAUAUUUUUUUGCGCUAUUAACGAAUACCGCACAUUUAAUUGCCAGUUUAAAUGAAAGGAAAAUAAAAAAUAAUCAAACAAGUGAAGAUUCAAAGAAAUGGCUACAUUAAAUCCAAAAUAUGCAGUACGUGCUGUUGAUUUUUAUAGAGAAAAUUAAUGAUUUUUGUCCUUGCCCUCUUAUGCGAGCCUGUGAUUGGUGAUUUAAGGAGAUGUGUAUUCGCAGUGUUCUCCUCACUCCGCAUAUUUUCCUCUCCUCUCUUUUCUUUCAAACGAUAUUUUUUCUUUUGUUGUUGCUAUUAUUGAAAGAUAUUCUGUUUGCGUGUUUUUUUUUUAACGUAUAAAACAAAUCCGAGUGGAUGUUUACGUACCAAAAGAUGUAAAUAAAACUGUAGGCGAGUGGUAUGAAAAAAGUUGAAUAAAAGAUAAUAACUUUUAAAUAAUAACCGGUACGAAAAGACGAAAUGAUUGUGCAUCUGUGACUACACUAAUAGAGCACAUCGAAAUAUCUGUAUGAAAAAAUUUGAUUUUGUUAUAGAAGAGUGAAGGAUUCAAAGAUUGAUAAAUAUUGACAAUUCAAGAACAGAAGUGAUUUUUUAUUCAACUCCUCAGUGAAUUCAUUUUUUAUUCUCAAUUUCAUCUCUCUACUGGCGCAUAUGAAGAGUAGAAUUUUCAGAACGCACGAAUUUCUUUCGUUGAACCAUGGGAAUCGACAUUGAUUCCAAUUAAAAUGAGCCUUCGAGGAGUUCAAAUAAUACAGCAAAAGUAUUUUGUAUAUUUGAUUGAGCAGCGUUCACAUGUGAGAGAACGUGUUCGAGUGAUUUUGUGUUCUAUUAAAAAGAAAAACACUUGUAAGUUUGCAAGACAACGCAAUGCGAUGAAAAAAUAAUGUAUAUACUGUAUAUAUGGUCAUCCAAACAAUAUAUAUAUGGAUUAGUUAGAAGGGAAACAAAUGCAACUCUGUAUUUGGAUAAUAAACGAAUACAAAGUUUAAACUAGGGUAAAGAAAAGUGUACAGACUGUAUGAAUCAUGGAGGCGCGCGUCUUUGGAUCGUAGAAAUUAUUGUAGAGAAUUAUCGAUAAAGGAACCGUCCACAUGUCCCUCACAUUUCGGUAUAAGUGGAUAAUUGUUUUACCAGUAGCCAUUGAAAAUAUUUUUCUUUUGUGAUUUAUAAUGUUUUCUAUGGAGUUUAAUUUUUAUAUUAAUAGAAAGCAUGAGGAAAUUGAUGAUGAUCGACGCGCGCUCCCAAAAUGUUCAUGGAUCUUAGACAUAUUAGUGAAUAUGGUCGUUUUAGGAUACUCUUAUCAAAAAUUCGAAAACCACGUGAGAAAAUUACACAAGUAAACUUGGAAAAGUACAUAAAUGAAUAAAAGUUGUUCAUUGAA